AUGACUGAGAAUGCCGGGGACCAUAAGAACCACCAAGCCAGAUUGAUCGAGUCGGUGCAACUUUCUGUCCGAACAGAUGGGAUGAGACCGUCUGAUGGCACUAAGCACCGCCGUCAAAGACAGUCUUUGGACGUUUGUCUCGCCGCAGAUGAAAAGGGGGUAGCUCACAUAGAACCGACUGCUGGCGCAAGUUGUGUCUCAAUGUUUCUCAAGCUCCGUCGGAUCCCGAAGAAAUGGCUAACUGCUGCCAUAUCGUACCACAACGACAGGGGUGAAGCCUCGUCGAUGCCGGACGGUCGACCACCAAGUGGAAUUGCCCCGACGGCACUUCGACCUCGGCAGACACCCACCCAUUCAAGGGUGCGUGAUGUGACUAUCCGGCACUUUUCUCAGGGAUGGUACCCGCCGGAGGGGAGCUUCAUUCCAGGGAGUAGCAGAUUUCGAAGAGGCUACGCUGAGAAAUACCCUAUCUCUCCGCAGUGGGUUUACUGUCGCAAAUUCUCGCCACAUUGGAGGAGAAGGAUACUUACUCAGGGCAUGUCAGCGCUGGCUCAAGGUCAUAAGGCUCUCAGACUCACUCAUCGCAACAUGAGUCGACAGGCCCCUCUCCGAGUAGCUGUCGUCGGAACGGGAUUGGCCGGGCUUAGCAUCGCAUAUCUCUUGCAAAAUGACGAACAACAACGAUAUGCAGUGACCUUAUUUGAACAGGCUGAGAGCCUGUCUUUCGACUCAGCAUCGGUUGCAAUUCGAGAGGAGAGCUCGGGCAGUAUUGAGAGGAUCGACCUUCCAAUGCGCGCACUCGCCGGAGGAUAUUAUCCCAACGUGAUGCGCAUGUAUGACCACUUGGGCAUCCCGUAUCAUCCCAUCCGCUUCUUGUUCUCAUUCGCCAAAUCACUGCCUGCACGCAAGCCUGAUACGAUAGCAUCGGGAAAGAACCAGGCAACUCUGGAUGGCGCCAGCGGAGUGCCUGGCGAGUACUUUGUCCACGCAUCCAAUUUGCACCAAUUCUGGUUCACAGUGGCAUGCUUCAUGGUGCACCCCUUGACUGAGGGGUCUGAUGGGGGAGAGACAUUUGGCGACUAUCUGAGAAGGAUAUGGCUACCGCGACGGUAUGCCACGCACUACCUUCUCCCACUCAUGAGCAGCGUUUCGACGUGUACGCAUGCUGAGCUUCUGGCGUUCCCUGCCAGUGACGUUGUCGAGUACAAGAAACGCUCGCAUGGACAACAGCACUACACUGUCUGCGGCGGUGUCCACCAAGUUGAAGGAAGAUUGGCAAAAGAAAUGGAAGACGUCCGAUUAGGAGCGUGUGUUGCAGAGGUAGCCUCAACGGCUGAUGGAAGAGUGAGACUCCGCUGGCAGUCGACGGAGAACGCAGCUGGACAGAUUUUGGAUGACGUAUUCGACCGGGUUAUUCUCGCUGUGUCGCCGGAUGUGGCUGGCAAGAUCUACCAACCCCUAUGCGACAUUCUCGAGCCAUUGCCAACAAUCCGCGUGGAGAGCUCAGUUCUCCGUCCGAUCGAUGCAAGACCAAGCCAGUCGUUCACUCUCAUGGAGGAUGAAGGGAGACAUCCGAAAGCUUGUUCACAUCAUCGUGGAAAUGUCAUGCCGCCCCAAGUUAUCUGUCUCAGAACCGACUUUUCCGCAAAAGAAGCUGCGCGGACAGAGGCUUUACACACAAUGCCUGGAGGAACAGUCGUGAGCACUUGCCCGCUUAACGUACAGGCCGAUGCGAAGAGGGUACUGCGGACAGCAAGGUUUACGAGGACCUUGAGGACGUGUCAGAGUAGGGCAGUUAUCCGAAAGAUCAUGGGUGAGGACAGAAAUCUGGACAAGAAGAAUGACCAGACCGCCGGCAUGGGUGACUGGACCAAUGGACAAGACAAUGUGUGGUUAACCGGGGCGUGGUGCUGGGAUGGAAUGUCCCUUGGCGGCACGGCUAGUCAAGUGAAGCAAGGAGGGCUUUGUUGGUUUGUUGGAGUGACAUCGGACCUCCGGCGCCGAAUCCUGCCGCAUCCUUCGCUGUUCCUGCCUACAGCUGGCGCCAAGUCUAGCUACACCUGGCAGCUUUCUCUGCAAAUCGGACAUGGGUUCAUUCUUAUUCAUACAAUGACACUACCAAUUGACGCCGUUCCUGACUUCUGGAAAGGUGUCUUACUAGGCGCGACUGGCUGCACAUUUAUAAUUUUGAUAGUCACCUUGGCAUUUACUGUUACUUUUCUUCGGCGGAAAGACGUCUACGACAAUGAUCACUGGAAGCUGAACCUCAAAGUGCCGUUCACCACCAUGUGGAUGAACAUGGGUUAUUGGACGAGUGCCGACAACCUACACAUUACAGAUUUCGAGACAGCCUGUCGCAAUUUGCUUUUAGAGGUUCUCAAAGAAGCCCAGAUUUGUGAAGAUGUAGUUCGGUCUUCGGCAAUAUCUAUUCUAGACCUAGGUGUUGGCUGUGGUGACCAGUCCCUGGAGCUUGCACUACUAAUUCACGAGCGAGGUGUGACCAGCUAUCGAUAUGUAGGGCUCACUCUCAACGAGUCCCAGUAUCGAUUGGCCUCAAAUAGAGCCCAAUUGCAGGCUCAAAAGCUCAAAUUAGAAGAUGGACGUGUUGAGGUAUUUUGCGCUGACGCUGCCAACCCCGACACCUGGGGCGCGCACGUAAAGUCUGCAAUCAGAUCUUUGAAGGAGGACAGCGCCGACCAACAACGAUGGGUUCUAGCGCUUGACAGCCUGUAUCACUUCUAUCCCUCCAGAAAGCCAAUCUUCAACUAUGCCGCGCAGACACUCGAUGCCUCGUUCAUGGCCUUUGACUUGAUACUGAGCGACGGAGCGUCUUUACGACAGAGGUUCCUCGUCAACCUCAUUGGCCUGGCGAUGGGUUGUCCUGCUGCUGCUUUUGUUACAGUGUCAGACUACAAGAGGCAGCUCCUUGACGCUAGUUAUGAUGAAGAUGAUAUCCAUUUCAAAGAUAUCACGGAACAUGUCUUCUCUGGUCUCGUCAGUUAUAUCAAAAGUCAGAGUGAAGCGUUACAGCCGUUUGGGAUCUCAGCGGGGAAGUUCAAGGUUGCAGCAAUGGUGUUUGACUGGUUCGCUGAGUCAAACGCAAUGAGGGGAACAAUUGUGAUUGCGCGCAAGAGAUCCAAAACCCAAGGAGAAGCAUCGGAUAUGAAGGGAAGAGCAAAAUGUAUCUCCAUUUGA